UACCUGAAAGCAGGUGACCAGCAUUGGCUCCAAUCAGACCCACCCUGCAACAGAGCAGCAAAGGUCCUCAAUGCCUCAUUUGUUUGACAAGUAAUAUAUGUGGAUUAACAACACUAAUGUAUUAGACUGUAACUUCUUGUGUUGACAAUUAUACAAACCUUGGGAAGAAGCUGUCCACCAUGUCAGGGAGCACUGCCGUUUACUCAAGACUAGAACUGUUCGCUGUCCUGCCUGUCUGUGUAACUGUGAUGUUGUUUGUCAUGUGUUCUGAUGCUGCAAGCGCCAGUCUCGUAUUAUCCCACGCAAACAGUGGAAUGAAGCACGGUCCCCUGAGUUCACUGUUUACACCAUACAGCCAACGUCAGCCUCUCUCCACUGGCCUGCUGCCAACUGAAACUGGACUCCAAACUGGAACUAACGGUGGAAGAGAGAUUAGCAGGAGUUCAAUAGAAGCACUGUCAAUCACUGAGCAUCGGUCAAACCCCCUAUGGAUUACUGAAGGUUCCUCUAGUUACAAUCAAAACAGGCUGGAUAAUGGAGGAAUUAUUAGAGUGUACAGAGGUCAGAGCGUAGAUGGAGUACGGCCAGUGAGCAGGAUUUACACCAGUCACUCUCAGAACAGUGAACAAAGCUUUGAGACGCCACAAUCCAGGUUAAAUUAUCACCCUCCCUCUGAAAAAGUAGCCCAGACUGGAUAUUCUUAUAACUCAUACCCACUGAUUAUUGGAAAGUCAUCUCAAAAUGAAGGCUGGGGCCCCAGUAAUCCUCAGACGUCCUACCAUGUCCAUAAAAAUGACAGAACAGCUUGGGCGUCACAGCCUGGUGGACAUGUGAGAACUUCACUGUCAACUUCUCGAGGGCAUCACGGUGGCUAUAAAGAGACAAAUGAGCUCUCUGCAGCCAGGCCGCAAAAUGGGUUUCACUCAAGUAAAUUUUCCCCAUCAGUGAGAAAUGGCAACAACCCCGGCUCAGAAAGAGCAACAUCAUCCAUCACAAGUUUCUCCCAGGGCCUGAACUCGGUCGCCAGAAGUGAUAGUUUAAGACCCAAAGAGGGCAAGUCGUAUCUCUUCAAGGACUCUUCAAGCAGUUACACGCCGAUGCCACAGAAGCCAAGAGCGUCUGACGCUCAAGGCCACAGAACACUUGAGUCAAAAUGGAAGCAGUCACACAAAAAAGAUCCAAUAAAGGGAGAAGAUGCCAAAGUCCUGCAUUUUAACACCAAUUCGGCCUGGUAUGGUGGUCAGACAGGCUUCAGCACGUAUCCUCCUGCUCAACUCUCUCAAGGCAGGACGACUAAAGAAAACUUUGUCCCUUUAGCGACUUCCCAGAAAAAGUCUGCUUCAAUAAGAGAGAAAUAUGCUGCAGGAAGUCCAGUUAAUACUAGUACAAUAUCCACAAAAAACAUCUAUAGCAUCAGAACAUUUACAAAUCCACCACAGCUGGCUAAUCCCUCCAUCAGGGAAAGGACCAACUCUAGGCCAUACAGCUUUGACAAAGAAAAGGACAAUAUGUUUAAAUUUGCACAUAAAUAUCCAUCUUUGUCACCAAAGUAUAGCUUUGGCCAGAAACGAGCGUGGACUCCGACUGUGACACCUGCAAAGCUUGAGAGGACGCCCACAGAGAAUUCACAAACUGUUUCUACUGCGAGGCUCUUCAAAUCACGUCUUAAGAACGUCCAGCCUCUGCUGCCUGAAAGUGAUGCCGCUAUGAACAGCGGCCCGGACCACAGACAAUCCAGGAUCAGCAGAUUAUAUGGUCUCAAAGGAUUUGGCACUCGGCCACUUGAGGGAGCCAGAACUUCACUUAGAGAAUCAGACAAGUCUGUCACACCCCAGCGAGGUCCUGAACUUCGGAGCUCACAGACAUGGCAACCCAGAAGCAGCCAGAUUUACAGAAAGUACAUUAAAACAGGUGAAAUGGAGCCAGAAAACAGCAAUAUAUCAACACAGACACAGAAUGAACUGAGCACCAAAGGCUUUAUCCCAUAUUCUGCAGGAGGCACUGAAUCAGCCAAGCAAAGCACCUUUACACCCAACAAAUUCCAAAAGAACCACAAUAUCUACACAUUUCGGGGAUUUAAUCCUGCCCAAACUAGGAUUAAAAGUGCAUAUAAGAAGACGGACCGGAAAUACAACGAGCAGCACCCAACUGUAGCAACUCUACGAGUCUCUGCGUCUUAUCUCAGAUCUGCCGGGGGGCUCAACAAAACCAAACCCGUUCCAGGGAGGUCGACUCUGUUCAACAGAGCCUCCAGCAGCACAGUGAGAGGCAAACGUGUGAGAGUAAAACAGAACAUGAGCAACAAACUCAAUGAAUCGACCAUUCAGACCAGUAAAAGUGUAGAUGCAGCCAUUGUCAGGCUGCCAAAGCACCCUCACAGGGCGAAUGUUGUCACGUAUGCUGAUAUUCUUGGAAGUGCUUCAUUCGCCGGUGUCAGAGCAACAACCCAGACGCCGAUCACGCCACCUGAUAAGGAUUCUUUUCCAAGUACUACGGCUGUGACCGGGCAGAAAGAAGGGGCACGUUCCUGGACACCUGUAAAAAACACGAGCAGAGCCGCAGAAGCAAAAUCUGAAGAUGAGGCGGGAGAUUUCAGUCGUGUUGAGGAAAAGGAGAUGGAUUUGGAGCUUGGCAGGGGAAUGAAAACAUUUGAUGCUCCCUCAGAUAAUGAAGGAAGUGGAAGUGGGGCCUUUAAUCUGCCUGAUGUUGUUUCAGCUGACAGCACAAAGAGUCCGAGACUUAGUGAAGAUUUGUUGGAGCUAGAUUACCUACGGAUAUCAACGGGGAACAUCUCUUUCAAGUCAAUGAAACUGUCUGAGUCCAAUGCCGAGAAAUGACAGAUACUUGUUGAACUGUGAUGUGGAACAGGGGAAAAUAAAAUAAAACAUGGUAAAAGUA